AUGAGUGAACCAGAAUCAACGGCCAACACACCGUCAGCCAUGGUCACAGAUUCGCCACUACAAACCGAGGAUGAAUACGAACAGCUGAAGCGAUUCCAGGUCGAGCUCGAGUUUGUCCAGUGCCUGUCCAACCCAUGGUACCUCCACCACCUUGCGCAACAACAAUACUUCAACCAGGACGCGUUCGUCCGCUACCUGGACUAUCUUCAAUACUUUCGGAAACCAGAAUACGCUAAAUUCAUCAUUUACCCACACUGUCUUCACUUCCUGACGCUGCUGCAACACAAAUCCUUCCGGGACCAACUCGCCAAACAGGAUACUGCGACCUUUGUCCACGAACGUCAGUACUACCACUGGCAGUUUCUCAGGAACCAGGAUAUGGUCGUUCGGAUGGAGAUCAUGCCUGAUGGCACAAUGGCCGAGAUAAAGACUGAACCUCGCCUUCCUCUUCCUGGCGAAGCUUCAGACGCUGCUGCAGUAGUGGCAGCAGCGGAUGGUGCAGCAGGAGCAGGAACAGGAGUAAUGGCAGGAGAGGUUGGAUCGGGAACAGGAAAUACACCGUUGAUGGCCAUGGAUGCAGAUAUCCCAGGGGUAGCAACGACAGGAGCACCAGUAACAGGGCAACCGGGAGCAUCGCCCUUUGCAGGAGGAGUAGGAUUCAUCAAUGGCCCUAACGGAUCUCAUUUCCCGCGGCCAUGA